AUGGACUGCAAGCUGCUGCCUGCACUGCUGCUGCUGCUGCUGCUCAAGGCCUCAGGCUCCCGGGGCCAGGAGCCAGAGCCCGGGGAGCCCUCAGGAGAGGCCCCGGAGCAGGUCCCGGAGGGCGUCCCCGAGGAGGAUGGGGUCUUGGUGCUGAGCAGGCACACCCUGGGCCUGGCCCUGCAGACGCACCCAGCCCUCCUGGUGGAGUUCUAUGCCCCAGGGUGUGGGCACUGCAAGGCGCUGGCCCCUGAGUACAGCAAGGCGGCCACACUGCUGGCAGCAGAGUCCGUGAGGGCUACCCUGGCCAAGGUGGACGGGCCUGCGGAGCCAGAACUGACCCAGGAGUUUGGAGUGACUGGGUACCCCACGUUCAAGUUCUUCCGAGAUGGGAACCGGACACACCCUGAGGAGUACACAGGCCCCCUGGAGGCUGAGGGCAUCGCCAAGUGGCUGAAGAGGCGCGUGGGACCCAGUGCCACACAGCUGGAGGAUGAGGAGGGUGCCCAGGAACUAAUGCACACCCAGGACAUCGUGGUCAUCGGCUUUUUCCAAGACCUGCAGGACAAGGAUGUGGCCACCUUCCUGGCCCUGGCCCAGGAUGCUCUGGAACUGACCUUUGGCCUCACUGACCGGCCGCAGCUCUUCCAGAAGUUCGGCCUCACCAAGGACACUGUGGUCCUUUUCAAGAAGUUUGACGAGGGUCGGGCCGACUUCCCCGUGGAUGAGGAGCUUGGUCUGGACCAGGGCGAUCUGUCGCGCUUCCUCCUCACACACAGCAUGCACUUAGUCACAGAGUUCAACAGGCAGACGUCCCCUAAGAUCUUCGCUGCCAGGAUCCUCAACCACCUACUGCUGUUCAUCAACCAGACACUGGCCUCGCACAGGGAGCUCCUGGCAGGCUUCAGGGAGGCGGCUCCCCCGUUCCGGGGGCAGGUGCUGUUCGUGGUGGUGGACGUGGACAUGGACAAUGACCAUGUGCUGCAGUAUUUUGGCCUGAAGGCCCAGGAGGCCCCCACCCUGCGCCUUGUCAACAUCGAGACCACCAAGAAGUACGCACCUGCGGACGGGGGGCAGAUCACCGCGGCCGCUGUCUCGGCCUUCUGCCACUCGGUCUUCAAUGGUGAAAUCAAGCCCUACCGCCUGAGUCAAGAGAUCCCACCCGACUGGGACCAGCAGCCUGUCAAGACUCUUGUCGGCAAGAAUUUUGAGCAGGUGGCUUUCGACGAGACCAAGAAUGUGUUUGUCAAGUUCUAUGCCCCGUGGUGCACCCACUGCAAGGAGAUGGCUGCGGCCUGGAAGGCACUGGCCGAGAAGUACAGCGACCGUCAGGACAUAGUCAUUGCCGAGCUGGACGCAACGGCCAAUGAGCUGGAAGCCUUUGCUGUGCAUGGCUUUCCCACGCUCAAGUACUUCCCAGCAGGGCCAGGUCGGAAGGUGAUCGAAUACAAGAGCACCAGAGACCUGGAGACCUUCUCCAAGUUCCUAGACAAUGGGGGCGAGCUGCCCACGGAGCCCUCCGAGGAGCCUAAACCCCCCUUCCCGGAGACGGCCAACUCCAGCACCAUGCCCAAGGAGGAGUUGUAG